UUUUUCUACAGAAGCGAGAGCUCCCUGCUUUUUCACUCCGUUUGGUCCCUCUACUGCUCCUGUUGUCUUCAAUAUCAGCUAUUUCAAAAAAAGUUUGGACAUUUGAGACUGGUAUAGAUGGUUACUUUAUGUACUCACACAACUUUCACAGCGGCAGUGUCACUAUAUGUUUAUGCAUCUUUUGAAAUGAAUAAUGGUAAAAGGAUGAAGAACCAAACAUAUGGAAGUACUUGAAAUCAGAAAAUCCCAAUGAAACUUGCAGGACUAAAAUCAGUUGAUGAUGCUCACAAUGACUCAGUGUGGGCAGUCGCAUGGGUACCUGCCACUAGUUCCCGAUCUCCCCUCCUCCUUACUGGAUCACUUGAUGAGACUGUGAAGCUCUGGAGCUCUGAUGAGCUUGUCCUUGAGAACACCAGCACUGGCCACUGCCUUGGAGUUGCUUCUGUGGCAGCUCAUCCACUUGGCACUAUUGCAGCUUCUUCUUCCCUUGAUAGCUUUGUUCGAAUCUUUGAUGUCGAUUCUAAUGCUACCAUUGCCACUCUAGAAGCUCCCCCAUCUGAAGUCUGGCAAAUGAGAUUUGAUCCUAAGGGUGCAAUUCUGGCAGCUGCUGGUGGAGCUAGUGCGUCAGUCAAGCUUUGGGACACUACCACUUGGAAAGUCGUUGCUGAUCUAGCAAUUCCUCAGCCUGAAGGACCCAAACCCACUGAGAAAAACAGCAGCAAGAAAUUUGUCCUAUCAGUUGCAUGGAGCCCUGAUGGGCAACGACUUGCUUGUGGGUCAGUGGAUGGCACCAUUUCUGUGUUUGAUGUGGCCCGAGCCAAGUUUCUACAUCACCUUGAAGGCCACACCAUGCCAGUUAGGUCACUCGUCUAUUCCCCGUCUGAACCUAGGCUUUUGGUUUCUGCUUCUGAUGAUGCUCAGGUCCACAUGUAUGAUGCCGAGGGGAAAACUCUGAUCGGAGCCAUGUCAGGUCAUGCAAGCUGGGUUCUGUGCGUGGAUGUUAGCCCAGAUGGGGAAGCCAUUGCCACAGGAUCGAGUGAUAAAACUGUAAGACUGUGGGAUCUUGGCAUGAGGGCUUCUGUGCAGACAUUGAGCAACCACACAGAUCAAGUGUGGGGGGUGGCUUUUAGACCACCUGGAGCUGGAAGCAGCCAGGUGCGAGGAGGUGGUCGCCUUGCUAGCGUAUCAGAAGAUAAGAGCAUAUCACUGUAUGAUUAUUCAUGAUGUAGGUGGUGGUAUCUGAAGAACGAAGAUGGUAUCACUUGUUUCUGUAAAUUGUGCCUUCCAAGAGGGUUCACUACUCACAUCUUGAUUUGAAGGGAAUUCUUAGUUUUACUUCUACAUGAUGUAUCAUCAUUACCUUGAACUUUAAUCGCCAAUUAGAGUACUUGGUUGAAAUGGAUAUGAUCUUAUUAUAAAUA